UUGUUUUUGUUUUACUCAUUUUAUACAUAUUUUUUUGUUUAGUUGUUAAUAAAAAAGUCUGUGAAGGAAAUUUGUGUUAUAGGAGAUAUUAUAAAAUUUUGAAUAAAUUCUAUACAAAAAGUAUUAUGAUUGUAAAAAUUACAGAAAUAAUUUAAUAUUAAAUAUACUAAUUUUCAACCAUAAAGUGCCAAUAACAACAAUGCUGGGUUAUUAAUAAUAACAACAAUUAAGUGCCUGGGAAAUAAGAAAAUUUAUUUAUUAAAUAAAUGACGGUAGUACAAGCACAGUACAUAAGUUUUGGUUUUAGAUGCGAAAUUUCGUUUAAAAGAAAUUAAAAUCAUUUUUAUGAAAAAGAAUGAGUCCGUUUCGUAGUAAGAAAUUACGCGUUUAUCCGGUUAAAGUAAUCACCUUCGAUUCUGAGUUAGAAUUUGAAUUGGAGCAAAGGGCCAGCGGUCAAGAUCUAUUCGAUUUGGUGUGCCGGACUAUAGGUUUGCGAGAGUAUUGGUAUUUUGGUUUACAGUACGUGGACAGUCGCGGACAUGUCGCCUGGUUAAAAAUGGAUAAAAAAGUCAAAGACCAACGCAUGCAAUUGCAAGCGAACGGGUUUUAUGUAUUCAGUUUCUAUGCGAAAUAUUUUCCGGAAAAUGUUAGCGAAGAACUGAUACAGGAGAUAACACAACAUUUAUUCUUUUUGCAAGUUAAACAAAGCAUUCUAUCCAUGGAUAUCUAUUGUCGUCCAGAAGCUUCAGUGCUAUUAGCAUCCUAUGCAGUACACGUUCAAUAUGGACCUUAUGAUGCGGAAACCUACAAAGACGGUAUGCUUGCGGGUGUGGAUUUAUUGCCAAAAGGAGUAACAGAUCAAUAUCAAAUGACACCGAAAAUGUGGGAGGAGCGCAUUAAGACAUGGUACAUGGAUCACGAACCAAUGACCCGCGAUGAAGUAGAAAUGGAGUAUUUGAAAAUAGCACAAGAUUUAGAUAUGUACGGGGUUAACUACUUUCCUAUAACGAAUAAAAACAAAACUAAACUUUGGUUGGGAGUAACCGCUGUAGGUCUAAAUAUUUACGACUAUCAUAAUAAGUUAACUCCGAAAACGACUUUUCAAUGGAAUGAAAUACGCCAUGUCAGCUUUGAUGAUAAGAAGUUUACAAUACGUCUGGUGGACGCUAAAGUAUCCAGUUUCAUAUUCUACUCUCAAGAUUUGCAUAUAAAUAAAAUGAUCUUGGAUCUUUGCAAAGGUAACCAUGAUCUCUAUAUGAGACGUCGCAAGCCCGAUACUAUGGAAAUUCAGCAAAUGAAAGCACAAGCGAAGGAAGAAAAACAAAGACGUCAAUUGGAGCGAACUAAAUUCUUGAGGGAGAAAAAGUUACGUGAAAAGGCAGAGAAAGAUCGCUAUGAAUUAGAAAAACGUUUAGAGCAUUUACAGGAAGAAAUGCGCAUGGCCAGCGAUGCAUUGCGCCGGUCCGAAGAAACUAAGGAAUUGUAUUUCGAAAAGAGUCGUGUUAAUGAAGAACAAAUGCAGCUAACAGAGUGUAAAGCGAAUCAUUUCAAAAGUGAAAUGGACCGUUUGCGUGAACGGCAAAUGAAGAUCGAACGUGAAAAGCUGGAAUUGGAAAAGAAAAUUCGUGAUGCCGAUUAUUUUGUACAUCAACUCACUGUAGAAAAGGAUAAGCGUGAAGCUGAGGCAGAGAAAUUGCGAAAAGAAUUAAUAUGUGCCAAGUUGGCUGAACGUGAAGCUACCGCUCGUUUACUAAAUUUCCUCAAUCGUGGUCGCAAGAAUUCGGAUGAGAGCUUAAUUCAAACAUCUUCCAUUAAUGUUUGCAAUAACAGUAGCAAUAAUAUUGUCACAUCAAUUAGUACGCCUUCUUUAACUAACAGUAACUCAGCAUCGGAUAUCAAUGAGACGGCGGGUGGCGUCGAAUUAACUGCAAAUGAUUUAAAUCUUAAUCAUGACGACUCACAAGAUGAAUUUGAAACGAAAGAAUUUAUACUGACUGACAGUGAAAUGGAACAGAUAACUAAUGAGAUCGAACGUAGUCGCCUUGAGUAUAUGAAAAAAUCGAAACAGGUACAGAAUCAAUUGCAAACCCUACGAUCCGAAAUUGAAUUGUUAAAGAUUGAAGAAAAUCAGACCAAUUUGGAUAUACUAAGCGAGGCUCAGUUGAAAGCGGGCGAAACCAAAUAUUCGACAUUGAAGAAACUAAAAUCGGGUUCAACUAAAGCUCGUGUAGCAUUUUUCGAAGAACUGUAACAGAGUUUUACAAGUGAUCUUAAGUUGAGCUGGUGCUCGAAAAUCCUAUUAAUAGACAAACACAAAUAAACGUAAUUAUAUACAUUUUUUAAAUAGUUUUAUAGGAAAAGCAUUAAUUAAUAAAACAAAACAAAAAAAAACACAAAAAACGAUAUUGUAAAGAAGGAAAUAAAAAAAUAAAAAGUACCGCAUCACAGAUAAGCGAAAUUUGGCAAUAAUUUCAAGCUUGCAGAAAAAAAGGAGAAACGAAUUAAUCAUGAUUCUUAGGCUUCAAACAAAAUUUGUUGGUUUAAUAUUUUUAAGGUUUAGGAUUUAUUAUAGAGAAAAAAUUCUUCGAAUGAAACAAGAAAGCAUUAUAAGUAAAUCUCUUUUUCAGUUAACUUUUUUUAAUAUAAUGUAACUAUUUGAAAAAUAUUGGUUAGCUUCUUAAGAACUAAGUCUUUUUUUUU